UUUUGGAGUUAGAUUACAGAAUAAAUAUACAAUGAUAGAAAUGAUAAUAAUACGACAGAAAACUAAAACCCAAUAGAUUGGCUCAGGGAACCAACAAAUCGGAGAGCAAAACCUCAACCACCAAAGGUCAGCAACUCUCACGGUUGCUCGAAAAAUCCAAACACCCUCAACCAAGAAAAUCUCCGGCCACAAAGAUCGAUCAGAAAGAACUUUGGUUACAAGUUCACUUAGAAGAUUUUAGAGAGAUCAUAAUCGAGUUCUACAUUUUUCUCUCUUAUGUAAAGAGAACAUGGUGGUUUUAUAAAAGGCGGCCAUUAAAGAGAGUGAGAAGCAAACGGCAAUGGAAGCAUUUGGAAAAUGUUCACAGUCAAGAAGAGAGAGAUGAGCGAAGGAGGAGACAUAUAGAUCGGCUACGAAGAAAGAGAAAUAGAAUGAGUUUAUGUUUUAGAGUUAGGAAUAAAGAGGUGGGUCACUGAAUUGGGUUGUGGACCGAGUCGAGGGUGAUGGGUUUGAGGCAUCCAAUGAGAGUUGGGCUGAUGAGGUUUGGACCUUCUUUAAAAAGGUCAUGGGCCACAAAACUUAACAGUUACCAACAUAUAUAUGUACAUAUUUAUAUGCCCCUCUAAAGUCUAACCCUCUCUCGCAUCCACAAAUCCAUCGGCACACAACAAACCCUCGGUCUGACUCCACCAUUAACAGAUCGGGAGCUCGAGCUCGAGUAAGAGAGAUCGAGCUCUGCUCAUUUGCACCCCUAGUCUCAAAUCCACUUUUUCCGUCUAUUUUGAAUGGCACACUACACGAGUUUGGCACGUGCCAUUAAGUGUCUGCAUUUGUUGAAGGAAAGAGAACCCCUAUGCGUUAUGUGUUCUCGUGGGUUAACUUCAGCCCCCAAAAAUUUUCUGUUCAUUUUUCUUUUAAACCCUAAAAGUUCUUAGCAAAAAUACUCCCUAAGUCGCUUGAAUAUACUUCAUCUGAUCUGCACAAAAACGCUACAAAUCAAGUGAAAAUAGAAAAAUUUCAAAGAUAGGCAACAAUAUCUCUGCAGCCCCAAUCAUCUUAUCAACUUUGAAAACGCUAACUAUGUCGAUGCAGGAGUUUAGGAAUAAUCACACAUGCCCAUGUCCAUAAAGAAUUGUCUUUUCAAGCAAAGAAACAACAUAUACCAUUCCUCCUUGCACACAAGUGGAAGCGGCUAUCCAGAUUUUUAUUUAUUCAUGAGGAGGGUGCCGGAUUGGGCUGGGCCUUGGACCAGCAGAUGUGGUCUUGGGCCAGUGGACGGAACCACAUCGAGAUGGUCUUGGGCCGAUCAACGCUGCAAUGUAGACAAUUGGAGCAUUCUGCCACUUUGUUUCUCUCCUGGGCUUGUCCCGGAUACCUGGAACUCCGACAUCGUCUCUGGUUUCAGAUCAGAUUGAAAAUUGUAGGCGUUGCUGCUGGUUAGACCACCACGUAGAGCCAUCGCGGCCACUGUCUCCACCGUUCCCUAUUGCUGAAAGUGUCGAUUCGCCAGUCUACUCUCACCAGCAGAAUUCUACACUGCGAUUGCAUAAGGAUGUUGCAUUGAAGCUGUGCCCCCUAUGACUCAAGCUCGCUGUUUGGCUCCAAAUAUUAGCAAUGCCGGGAAUAAGUUUCCAAUCUCUGUUUAUUUUCUCAGCACUCUUUCGUGUCUUUUUAAUUAUAUACGGGGAGUGGCAAGAUGCUAAUAUGGAGGUUAGAUACACGGACAUAGACUAUUUUGUCUUUUCUGAUGCUGCAACCUUAAUGGCAUCUGGAAAAUCACCUUAUGAAAGAUCAACAUAUUGCUAUUCACCGCUCAUAGCCUUUCUUCUGAUGCCUAAUUCAUUCCUCCAUCAAACAUGGGGAAAAUUUCUCUUUUCCGCAUCAGAUUUACUUGUGGGGUUGCUUAUCCACAGAAUUUUGAAGUUACGUGGCGUUCCUGAGAAAUUAUGCACCUAUUCUACGAUGGUAUGGCUUUUUAACCCAUUUACGUUCACCAUCGGAACGCGUGGGAACUGUGAGCCCAUUAUCUGCUCCAUGAUUCUGUGGAUCUUAAUGUGUCUGAUGAAUGGGCAUGUGUUGCAGGCUGCAUUUUGGUAUGGACUUGUUGUUCACAUGAGAAUAUAUCCAAUAAUAUAUGCACUGCCCAUUGUCUUACUUCUUGAUCCUCAGCAUUUUCAACCUGGUAAGAAGCCUGUGCUCGUUGAAUGGAGCUCAAGAGCAUUAAAACCAUCCUCAGCUACUAGCAGCUCAAAAACUUCUAUUACACAGUAUAUUUGGAACUUCUGCAUAAACAUGAUCACUUGGAGAAGAGUCAUGUUCGGGAUUAUUUCUGCAUCCACUUUCUUCUUCUUGACAGGAUUGUCUUUCCAUUUAUAUGGAUGGGAUUUCUUGCACGAGGCUUUGCUAUACCAUCUUACCCGUACAGAUCCUCGUCACAAUUUUUCCAUAUAUUUCUACCACAUAUAUCUCCACUAUGAGCAUGAGUUUUCCAUCCUGGAGAAGCUCAUCUCCUUUCUGCCUCAGUUCAUUGUCCAGCUAGUUCUGAUUUCCCGCUUCGCCCUUGACUUGCCAUUCUGUUUAUUUCUGCAGACACUGGCAUUCGUGGCAUUUAAUAAGGUCAUAACAGCACAAUACUUUGUCUGGUUCUUUUGUCUAUUGCCUCUAAUACUGCCAUGGAGCAAUAUAAAGCUUGUCUGGAAAGGCCUAGCCUGCAUCAUUUUGUGGAUUGGAGCUCAAACCAAUUGGUUAGCGUGGGCGUACUUACUCGAAUUCCGAGGAAAGAAUGUCUUCUUCCAACUCUGGGUAGCAAGUUUACUGUUCUUGGCAGCCAAUACUUUUGUUAUUAUCAAUACUAUUUGUAGCCAUCUAUACAGUCCUCUGUUCCAACAGUUGAAGCAGGGAGGCAAACUCAAGCAAGGCUAUGAAAGGCCGACUGCUGAGCCACUCUAGUUCAGCCGCACUAUCAAGGGUGCUAGCCACCCGAGAAGCAAGCUAUUAUAGUGAGCGGCUGGAGCAGUACAAAGCCGAGGAGCAAGGUAGUAGAUAAGAUAUAAGAAGGGGACCUUGCUCUUGAUGGAGGAGAGGAGACAAUUAGGAUAACAAGCACGAAACCUGGAGCCCGAGUGGCCAGCAAGUGAGUGGUUAGUAGUUAAUGGCGUUCCUCUUUUCGAUUGGCACUUGAGGAACCACAUGACACUCAAUAGGGAGAAAGCAACUCUUAGUGAUGACACAUCUGCACAAAAACCACAAUUAUCAUUAGGAGGCCGGACCAAGCACCUAUGGAAGUUGAGGCUACCCCGUCCCAAUGGCCAAUACAAUAGUGUCCUUGAUGGAGGACUUUAGAGGCCUUAUAGAACCACAUACUUCUU